AUGAGCACUUUCCAGUCUUACAAACGCGCGAUCGCCCCUAGCUCUGGCGAUGAUUCGGAUGCCGGCCCACUUUUACCUAAAGCAAACACACGUCGUUGGAUCGACAACCAAUUUGGACGCGUGCUUCGGUUCCAGUUCGGGAUUCCCAACUUGGACUAUUUUGUCAACCGGUCGCUGCAUUCCAUUUUACACAGCAGCACCGUUCCGGAAAACAUAAAGCUUUUUCUUGGGAACCUCGAAAUAAAAGGAAUCGAGUUUUGCGAAACGGAUGGGCGCUCAGCACCCGCCGAGGCGGCAAUACACAACCGUGAAGCUGUCGUCCCGAAGUUUGUAAUUUCGCCAAAAAGCGAAUAUGGAGUCUCGCAAACCCUGAUGCUCCUCAAAGAUUUCGACCUGUACAAAAGAAUCGCGGUUUCGAUCAAAAGCGGAGGCCACGGAUACUCCAGUGGAAGCUCGUGCCCAGGAAUAAUGCUAAACUUGGGCAAAAUAUGUGGGCAACGAAUGGAAGGGGACAACACGCUGGUUUUAAAGCCCGGAUAUGUUUUGGGGCAGGUCAUCAAUACCCUUACCACCAACCGCAAAGCCUUGCCUCACGGGAAUUGUUUCGGAAUCGGUGCCGGUAGCCAUUUCCUAACGGCCGGUUGGAACAUCGCCUUAAACCGGCCCUACGGUUUGGAAUGCCAAUCCGUGGUUGGUGGACGGAUCGCCCUGUGGGACGGGUCUAUCGUCGAGGUGAAUCAGCAAAACCAGCCCGAUCUGCUGUACGCCAUGCGUGGCGGGGCGGCGGCUGCAGUAGGCGUCGUCACCCGCAUACGGCUGCGCCUGAUUGACGAACCACCGUCGGUAACGUGGUGUUUUGCUCCUAUCGACAAAACGCAGCUUCAGCUGUGCGUCGCAAAGAAAGCGUUUGCAAACGCCCGUGGCCUACCCCGCGCAAUCACGGUUUCCUUCCGGUUUUACUUUGAACCCCAUCAGAAAGACCCGGUGUGCUCUUUCAACAUUACCAGCCUGCUGUCGGCGAAGAAGACUACCGAGUUUUUGCGCCGAUAUCUGGGCCCGGAGCUGGUCGAGUUGGUUGCCGACAAUUCCUUAUGGAAUGAAGAGUCGCUCAUCAAACUGAGGCUGCUGCCGGCAUCGGAUGCCUUGGCCGCAGACCCAAGAAUGCUUGCCGAGGUUUCGUCGACGGCGCUGCAGGAAAACCCACUGGUGUAUUGGACGCAGACCGCUGCCCUUCGCGAGAUGGCCAGUUCUUAUUUCAGCUCCGUCUCGUGUUGGGUUGUCCCCGAAUGCGAACCGAUGUUCCUUGACCUGUACAAUGCCCUCGCCUCUGUUCAGAGCCACCCGGCGCGCGGGCGGAUGCAUGCGCUCGUCGUUCAGGGCGGUGGUCGCAUGUCGGAGCUGCAAAAGGAUUGCAGUAUGCCGUUAGGCCAAGCGCUGGCCAGAUUUGAAAUGCAUUAG